AUGGUGGAAUUCGAAAAGCAAAGUCUUAAUGAUAAUGCUAAUUACCACCAUAUGAUGAGGAAUGAUGAGCAAAUAAGUUAUAAUACGCCAAGUAUAAUGAGUCAUUAGCUACCAUUGUAAUAAUAACCCCCAAUAAUGCUGGUCAACUAACCUCGCACAGCAAAGCAAGAAGUAAUGUUGAAAGUAAAAGAGAUAGGGAGAUUGAAUAAGCAAGCUAUGAGUCAGUUUAAGGUAGGUGAAAAAGACCCUGCUUUGAAAUUGCUGAACAAGGCUGAGAAAAUGUGUGAAAAUUUAAGACACAUAUGGUAUUAGCAAUAAAAAGAACUGGGAGACAUGCUAACUAAUACUUAUGCUUGCAAAGCAUUUACUACCACUUAUAAUAAUCUGGGAGUGUUUUACAAGUCAUAAGGAAAGACUAACUUAGCCAUCAAGUAUCUGAAGCAAGUGCUUGAGAUUGAAUAAGAGAUGAUAAUGGAAAAUAAGGAGUAGGAAAUAGCCUCUUCCUUUCAUUCAUCUAGGCAUGAUAUAGCACUAACUUAUAUCAAGAAAGCAGUUGACUAUUUAGAUGAGGCAUAUGAGCAUAAAUUACAUGCUAUCACUGAUUUGAAAGAGAAGAGGCAGUUUGUUUAAAUAGCUGCAACAGCUUUUCAUAAUGCUGGAGUUGAAUAUGAGUUUUUGAAGAUCUUCGAUAAGUGCUUGCAAUACUAUCAAAAGUCUUUUGGGAUAUGCUUAUAGCAUCUUGGUUCAGAGCAUCCUUUGACUUAGGCUUUCGAAAAAAGUCUUAUAGCUGCUUAAAGAAAGAUAGAUACUAUGCCUCCCUAAUCAUAGGAUUUCAGGAAAGAUAAAUCUAAGAUAUUGCUUCUGCCACUAAAGAAAAACAAAAUAAUAUCAAAUAAUCGAACUACUAAAUCUUAAAAAGCUAAAGCUAUAUAGUUGAAAUCUAGGAAAAUAAAUAGGGAUUUAAGUUUAAUUGAAGAUAGUAAAAGUAAUAGGAAUCAUUAAGAACUAACAAUUUAAAAUGAAGAUAUAAGCUUUAUCAACAGAUCUAAUCAGAAUAAAAGUGUUUCCUAAAUAAAGAGACCACUUCCCUAUCUUCAGGAAUUUAAUAGUUAGCUUCAGAAAAACUCAAAAAAUGUGAAAUCUAAAAAAAUGUUAAAUGAUAACUAUAUGAGUGAAAGAGCUUUGAGCUAAUUGAAUAAUAGAAGUGGCUUGGGCUAAAAGCAUAUUAAUGACUAUACUGAUAUAUCAUCAAGAAAUCAUUAGGAUAGAUAAGAAUACUUCUCAAUUCGAGAUAUACUCUUAAACUCUAGAAAUGAGAUAAAUGCAGGUGAAUUUGAUUCCUAUGAUUUUAAAAAUCUUAUUCACAAUAACUCAAAACCUCAACACUAACUUGACUCUCAAAAUACUAAUAGUUUGGUUAGAGGGAAUAAGCAUAGACUUAAUGAUGAUCUCAAAUUCUAUAUAAAUCAUAAUAACUAAGGCAAUCAAUUGAAUAGACAGAAUAGUAAAGAAAGAUAUCCUGAUAUUAACACAAUAGUUGGUGACAAAGAACUCAAUACCACAGUAAGUAUAGAAGAGUUAAAAAGGAAAAAAUAGGAAAUUAUCAAGUAAUAAAAUAAGAUAAGAACCAAGAAUUUACAAGAACUUAACAAUUUAAAGUAAAAUAAAAAUUAAUAUGAGAGAUAAGAACAAGCUGGUGAAUAAGGGGGUUAGGAAAGUGUAAAUAGAUUUAAUGAGGGAAAUCAUAACUAAAAAUCAAAACCUAAUCAUUAAUAAACAUAGGAGGAAGGGGAGUAGUCCAUGCUAGAAUAAAGUCAGAAUGAUGAUGUAUCAUCUAUGCUUAAGCACUAAAAAAAUGAUUUGAAAAUUGACUACUCUAAAGUAUUGCCUGUAUAGUCUAAAUUGAAUCCAAAGAAAAUCUUAAGUAAUGAAGGAAUCGACCCAUAUUACUUCAGAUAAUAAAAAUAGGACAUUAAAUCAGAAUUUAUAACUAUAAAAAGGAUAGAGUACAAUGAGUAAAUACAGAGAAACUACCUAUCACUAUACAAUAAAGUCUAGAAGUUUCAAGUCAUUAGAAUAAUGAAGGCAGUUGCUGAAUUCAAACAAAAAUAAAAGAUUAUGUGGGAUAAGAGAGGGAUCAUUAAAUAGUAAGAUUAAUUAAUGCAGCUUAUAGAGUCAAGAAAGAACAGUCCUGACAGUAAACUGCUAUAAUCGCAAGUGAAAGAUAUAUUCCAUAAUAAUGGUAAUGACAACGUGACCCUUGAUCAAACAUUUGGAAAUAAACACAAAUAAUAAAUGUAGCAAUAGAGAGAUUCUCAAGAUUUUGAUUAGCCUAUCGUACUCGGAGACUACAAGGAGGAGAUGGAAUAGAUUAAUCUACUAAAUAACAGAGCUAGAAGAUUAAAAGUAAUGAACUAGCUUAAAAGCAAAACUUAGGCUUAGACUUUAACACAAGCUAGUAUAAAUUUAAACGCAAACAGCAUCAGAAAUGCAUAAAUAGACCAAAUCAGAUCUCAUAAUAAUGAGUUUUUAUAUAAGGAUUCAAAUUAGAAUGCUUAAUCUUAAAAGACUAUCGCUUAGAAUUAGGUUAUCCUGCAGUAGUUUAAUAAUAAUAGCUCGGUGAAAAUGUAUCCUUAAACUCUUAGUGAGUAUUAAAAUAGUGGUAAUAGCCUAAUGUAAGCUUAUGAAAAUAUUCAAGAGGAGUUAAGAUAGUAGCAUUAGCAAUUCCAGCAAAGACAAUAGUAAAAUUCUAUAAAGGUGAAUAUAAAUGAUUUACAAAACGUCUUGAGUCAUUCAUCACUCAACGAUGAAACCAUUAUAAGAUUCUAGCCUGAUUAAAGCAAGACUACAAGUAUAGCAUAGACUAUUAGAACGAGAAUUAAAAGAUUAAACUAAUAGCAGCAGUAGUAGCAACAAUACCCACCUCAACUAUGA